CUGUCUCAAACCUGGAUGCAGAAAGCAAACUGAAUGUCUAUUACCAUGCACCUUGGCACCAGGAGAGAAACAUUUUCCUUCCUUCCACCAGACCAGCGUGUGUAGAGGAGCUGCAUCGCCACGCCAAGCUGAACUUGAGAGCCUUGAGGAGGGAGCACCGAAACCAGGGUGAUAACAGAGAACAAAAAACUGUGAGCCAAAUUGUGGUAGCUCCCCCAUUUCCCUCUUUUCCUGUGAUCUACAGUAAGAAGAAAAAAGAGACUAAGGACCAUCGCUUGCUAAAAUUUUACAGAACCCGCUCGUCUUCCCCCACUGAGUGUUGCCACAUGACCCCAUGGAGUAAAAAGUCCCACCCUUCUGAGGAAGAAGAUACAGAUGUCAUGUUAGGGCAGAGGCCGAAAAACCCAAUACAUAAUAUACCUUCUACACUGGAUAAGCAAACAAAUUGGAGCAAAGCACUACCUCUCCCAACUCCAGAGGAAAAAAUGAAGCAAGAUGCCCAAGUGAUUUCCUCUUGCAUUAUCCCCAUCAAUGUCACUGGAGUUGGUUUUGACCGAGAGGCUAGUAUUCGCUGCUCGCUUGUUCACUCACAAUCCGUACUGCAGCGAAGACGGAAACUGAGGAGGAGAAAGACCAUCUCUGGCAUCCCCAGAAGAGUCCAACAAGAAAUAGAUUCUGAUGAAUCACCAGUAGCAAGAGAACGGAAUGUCAUUGUGCAUGCAAAUCCAGACUUCUCUAAUAACAUCAACAGGAGAUCAGGUACCAGAGACUCUGAGUGCCAAACAGAAGAUAUUCUCAUUGCUGCUCCAUCCCGGAGAAGAAUACGAGCUCAGAGGGGUCAGAGUGCAGUAGCUUCUCUAUCUCAUUCAGCUGGUAACAUAUUGGUGCUGACAGAUAAUGGUGACUCUAUGUUUACAUCAAUGAGCAAUCGUGUUCGAUCAAGGAGUCUUCCUCGUGAAGGUGCUAGAACCAAUGAAAAAGACCACAACACUGGUGCCAAAAUGUCAGCAUAUGAAGCAGAACACUUUUUAACAAACCAAGAACGAAUCUCCACAAAGAGCAAGGAUGCCAUUAAUAACCACUGUUCACAGGAACAUCAUCCCAGGGGCUUAUCUUGUUCUCAGCAUCUUCAUAGUCCAGAUCAUAACUCAAAUGAAAGAGGGAGGUCAAGGUUAUCAAGGAUGGUAGAUUCUGGAAGUUGUGAUAUUUCAUCAAACUCUGAUACCUUUGGAAGUCCAAUUCACUCUAUCUCCACAGCUGGGGUUCUUCUCAGCAGUCACAUGGACCAGAAAGAUGAUCAUCAAUCAUCUAGUGGAAACUGGAGUGGAAGUAGCUCAACAUGUCCUUCCCAAACAUCAGAAACAAUUCCUCCUGCUGCCUCACCUCCAUUGACAGGUUCUUCACACUGUGAUUCAGAAUUAUCAUUGAACAUUGCCCCUAAUGCCAAUGAAGAUUCAAGUAUUUUCAUAACUGAACACUACAGUGAACAGAUAGAUAAAAUUAGAGGCCACAGGGCAAGUUCUUUCACUUCCACUGUUACUGAUCUACUAGAUGACCCUAAUAACAGCAAUACAAGUGACAGUGAAUGGAAUUAUUUGCAUCAUCAUCAUGAUGCAUCCUGCCAUCAAGAUUUCAGCCCUGAACACCCCAAGACCGAUAGUCUGGGCUGUCCAAGUUUUACAAGCAUGGCCACUUAUGAUAGUUUUGUAGAGAAGACUCCAUCUGAUAAAGCAGACACUAGCUCACAUUUUUCAGUUGAUACUGAAGGCUACUAUACCUCCAUGCACUUUGACUGCGGACUCAAAGGAAAUAAAAGUUAUAUUUGUAACUAUGCAGCUGUGGGCUCUGAGAAUGGCCAGAAUACAAGUUUUGCUUCCAAUCUUGCUCACUGCAAUUGGCAGGAUUAUAUAGAUCAUAGGAAGCAAGGAAAACCGAGCAUCUCUCUAAAGAAACCAAAGGCGAAGCCAGCCCCACCAAAACGCAGUUCAUCUUUAAGGAAAUCUGACAGCAGAACAGAUAUUUCUGAGAAGAAAGAACCAAAGAUAACUAGUGGGCAGCAGCACAUGCCUCAUGCUUCCAGGGAAAUGAAGCUGCCCCUUGAGUUUGCAAACACACCUUCAAGAGUAGAAAAUGCUAACCUGCCAAGUAAACAGAAACAGUCCUGGGAUAAUCAGGAUGAGAGUGAUGUAAAAGGCCUCCCAUUUGAUACCAUGGAUAUUGCAUCAUUUAAAGAUGAAGGUGCUGAACAAUCUCACUAUGCAGAUCUCUGGCUUCUAAAUGACUUGAAAUCUAAUGAUCCCUAUAGGUCUUUAUCUAAUUCAAGCACUGCUACGGGUACCACGGUCAUAGAAUGCAUAAAGUCACCAGAAAGUUCUGAAUCUCAAACAUCACAGUCUGGAUCAAGAGCCACCACUCCUUCUCUGCCUUCAGUUGAGAAUGAGUUUAAGUUGGCUUCCCCAGAAAAACUGGCGGGUUUAGCUUCUCCCUCAAGUGGAUAUUCCAGUCAGUCAGAAACCCCAACAUCAUCAUUUCCAACAGCAUUUUUUUCUAGUCCCCUAUCCCCAGGAGGGAGUAAAAGAAAGCCAAAAGUACCAGAAAGGAAAUCCUCAUUACAACAAUCUUCUUCUAAAGAUGGCAACUUAUCUUUAAACAAAGACUUAGAACUUCCAGUUAUACCUCCUACUCAUCUUGACCUAAGUGCUCUUCAUAAUGUCUUGAUUAAACCAUAUGCUCAUAGACCCCAGCUACAUGCUUUUAAUAAUAAUAAAUCAAAUAUAAUCGAAGAAGCACUGAAUUCUAAUUCCUCACCAGCUCUUGCUAUUACACCUUCAGUGCUGAAGUCAGUACAUCUACGAUCAAUUAAUAAGCCUGAAGAAAUUAAACAGAAAGACAAUCCAGACUUUCUACACAUUCAAGAACACAGUUUAGUAACUGCUAUUUCUUCAUGUAAAAUGAAACCACGUGUAAAUAAGAAACAAAUGUCACAUCAGUACUUCAUAGAAGAUGCCAUAGUGUCCUAUAUCAAUCCCUCUCCAGUACAGAUAAGCCCAGAACAACUAGAAACAGAAAAUAGUUUAACCUUUAGUGAAAAAAAUACCUGUCAAGAGAAUCUAAGCUCAUUAGAGGAGGGUGCUCCAGCAGCUAAAAGUGUACCAGAUCAAAUACAUUCAGUACAUGAAAUUUUACUAGAGAGUACAACUAAUAAAGCCUGUGGGGCUUCUGUUGAACAAUUUCCACAAGGCACAACAGUUCUUUCAAGCAAUCUUGAAGGGAAAAUAAUUACUUGUGGGUCAGAACAGGAUAAGAGUCUUGACCCCGUGCAGUUUCCAUAUGAAUUGCCUGCACACUGUGAACAAAAGUUGAAAUAUGAACCACUAAAUGAAGAUAUUCCCCAGUCUGACUCCUUAACUUGGGGAGCAGUUACUUGUUAUCAGCUAAAGCAUCAGCUUGAUCUAAGCCAACAUGAUGACAAAGUGCCUGAGAAUAUCACUUAUGAACCAGAGAUCUCAAAUAUAGAUUCACUCAGUGAAAAAUGCUCUGAGCAGGAAAAUGAUAUUGUGUCAGGUAUUCCAACCAAAAGUGCCUCAGAUGACAGUGAUAGCAGAGCAGCUGAGAUACAAGGAACUACAGAAGAUGAUACCCUAAAAGAAUCUUCUGUGAGUGAUGAUUCUAUAAUCUCACCCUUAAGUGAGGAUUCUCAAACUGAAGCAGAAGAGUUUUUGGUGUCUCCAAAUAAACCGCGAACAACAGAGGAUCUGUUUGCAGUAAUUCACCGGUCAAAAAGGAAAGUGCUUGGAAGAAAGGAUUCUGGAGACCUUUCUUCAAGGAACAGACUGAAAUCUUCAGCUAGUAGUAAUAGUGUGUCUUCUGUCAGUAGCACCUCACCCGCAACUAAUACUCCCCUCACCACCAGUGCGGGAAGCCCAGCAUGCAGCCAGAGGUCUCCUGGACUUAUUUAUCGGAAUGCCAAAAAGUCCAGCACAUCGAAUGAGGAAUUUAAAUUACUGCUCUUGAAAAAAGGCAGUCGGUCAGAUUCUAGCUACAGGAUGUCAGCCACUGAGAUACUAAAGAGUCCUAUUUCUCCCAAAUCUCCUGGAGAACUAAUUGGGGAUACUCUUCAAAAUGCAGAUGAGUCCUUCCAAGCCUCAUCAAGUGCCGAGGCAUUAGCUCCUCUCUCUCCUUGUCCCCCAAGGAUAAAUGCAGAAGGGUUCUCUUCGAAAAGCUUUCCUACAUCAGCAUCUUCACGUGUAGGACGAUCACGAGCACCUCCUGCUGCAAGCAGUAGCCGAUACAGUGUCCGCUGCAGAUUGUAUAACACCCCAAUGCAAGCCAUUUCAGAAGGGGAAACUGAGAAUUCUGAUGGGAGCCCACAUGAUGAUCGAUCAUCUCAAAGUUCAACCUAAGUUGCCUAAGGGCCUGAGCACAGUUCUGACUGUUAAAUGGGGGAACUCCGCAUUUGCUGAGAUCAUUUGACUAUAAAAAGCCAAUUCUGUAGCAGUCAAAUACCUUACAGGGCAAUAUGUGAUGCUUGAAAAUGUUAAAGAUUGCUAAAAGAUGGAAUUAAAUGAUCUGUAGGUAUUUAUUACAUCACAUUUUCUAUGAGUAGAAAUAUAUUGUCAACCUUUAAUUUUCUUUUUUUCUCUCUCGUCUCUUCUUUCCACCAUCAGUGUAAAUUUAUCCAGUUUUCUAUAUUUCUUCUUUCUCUCCAGAGACAUUACAUGACUGUUUUGCUUCCCGAGGGGUGGUAAAACAUAAAAUUGGUGAGGAAUUAGUAUUUUUUUACAUUAAAAUGAAUUGAAACAAAAUAGAAUGGACAAAACAGAUGUACAUAUCUGUAUUUUUGAUAAGUGAUUGUAAAUAGAAUUAUUACAGAGAAAAAUGUGGUGGGUGGCAAAUGAAAACUAUCUUGUUAAAUGACAAAAAAGGAUAAAGAUAAUGGCUGUAUUCUGUGAAUACAAUUUUCAGAUCAACAUUAUUUACAUAUCAACCACUACCACUGUUAAAUAAUUAAAGCCUCUAACAUGAAUUUAACACUUGAAUUAGUGGAAAUCCUAUUAAUAAAAACGAUGAAAUUAAGUAAUAUCUGUUUUUGUUUGAAAAUGUCAUUCCAAGCAAGCUAAUUUUAAAAUGCAAUUUGUGAAAAGAGGCUAAUUGACAAACACUACAAGUACACAAUGUUUAUAAACCAGAUUUUCUGCUCUGGCUUCUCCCUCCAUUAAGAAUUCUGAGAAGUGUAGUUAUGUGAAAGUUUUGUUGGUAUACCACUCCUUCAGUUGAGUUCUUCACUCAUCACUUAAACCCAUUUUAAAGUUCUCUAAAGUCUGUUUCCAUGGCCAUUUCUUCAUUCAAUAUCCUCUCUUGUCACUCUCCUCUUGUUUACAUGUGAAUGCACCGGCAUCUGCUGUUCUCUGAGGAAAUCCUUGUGUUGGCUAGUCUUCUCAGCUAUUGCUGCAGAAUGAUUGUAAUAACUAUGUUAUUUGUUGAGUGCCCAUAAACAAGGUACUGCACUGAACAUGUGGACUACAUAAAAACUACUGAAGUAGGAAUAUUAAAGGAAAUCUAGAAAAAGAUUCUAAAACUCAUAUUAAUAGUUAUAGGUUUAAAAAAGAGGAAUGGAAAGUUUUAAAAUAAGGUAAAUAGACAACCAAAAAUUCAUUUGUAACAAAUGCUAUAAGCAAGAGCAAUACAAGAAAAAAAUGAAAUAGAGGGAAAAUGAGAUUGAAUAAGCAAUAGGGUAUUAGCAAAAUACAAAGUAUUAAAAAUAAAUGCAAAGAUCUGCCUUAAAAAUCAACUUAUGAGUGAAACUAGCAUUUAGUUGUCCAAAUC